AUGCAGACCAACCAUGGUACACAGACCAACCAAGGUACACAGACCAACCAUGGUACACAGACCAACCAAGGUACACAGACCAACCAUGGUACACAGACCAACCAUGGUACACAGACCAACCAUGGUACACAACAGACCAACCAUGGUACACAGACCAACCAUGGUACACAGACCAACCAAGGUACACAGACCAACCAUGGUACACAGACCAACCAUGGUACACAGACCAACCAAGGUACACAGACCAACCAUGGUACACAGACCAACCAUGGUACACAGACCAACCAAGGUACACAGACCAACCAUGGUACACAGACCAACCAUGGCACACAGACCAACCAAGGUACACAGACCAACCAUGGUACACAGACCAACCAAGGUACACAGACCAACCAAGCUACACAGACCAACCAUGGUACACAGACCAACCAUGGUACACAGACCAACCAAGGUACACAGACCAACCAUGGUACACAGACCAACCAAGGUACACAGACCAACCAAGGUACACAAACCAACCAAGGUACACAGACCAACCAAGGUACACAGACCAACCAAGGUACACAGACCAACCAAGGUACACAGACCAACCAUGGUACACAGACCAACCAAGGUACACAGACCAACCAAGGUACACAGACCAACCAUGGUACACAGACCAACCAAGGUACACAGACCAACCAUGGUACACAGACCAACCAUGGUACACAGACCAACCAAGGUACACAGACCAACCAAGGUACACAGACCAACCAUGGUACACAGACCAACCAAGGUACACAGACCAACCAAGGUACACAGACCAACCAAGGUACACAGACCAACCAAGGUACACAGACCAACCAAGGUACACAGACCAACCAUGGUACACAGACCAACCAAGGUACACAGACCAACCAAGGUACACAGACCAACCAUGGUACACAGACCAACCAAGGUACACAGACCAACCAAGGUACACAGACCAACCAUGGUACACAGACCAACCAAGGUACACAGACCAACCAAGGUACACAGACCAACCAAGGUACACAGACCAACCAAGGUACACAGACCAACCAAGGUACACAGACCAACCAAGGUACACAGACCAACCAAGGUACACAGACCAGCCAUGGUACACAGACCAACCAAAGUACACAGACCAACCAAGGUACACAGACCAACCAAAGUACACAGACCAACCAAGGUACACAGACCAACCAAAGUACACAGACCAACCAAGGUACACAGACCAGCCAUGGUACACAGACCAACCAAGGUACACAGACCAACCAAGGUACACAGACCAACCAAGGUACACAGACCAAUCAAGGUACACAGACCAACCAAGGUACACAGACCAACCAUGGUACACAGACCAACCAAAGUACACAGACCAACCAAGGUACAAAUAGGCUUGGUACAACACUUUCAAAACGAACAAAAAACUUCCGUUCAAAAAUAGCCCAAAAAAAAGAAAAUUUUCGACGGUCUUAA